AUGGCAGGAGUCAAACGUAAACUUGAUGCCGGUCACGGCGGGGCCACUGCCUCGGGAGGCAACACUACUGUUCCUGGCACAUCUCGAGACAGCAGCUUAUCUUUUGUAGACUCUGUUGGCGAUAUUCGUGUGACUCGAAGUUUACGUUCCAGCCGCGAUGCGCGUGCUGGUCAGAAUGAUAAUGUCAAGAAUUCCAACACUACGUCAAGCACCAACUCCAAUUCUGGCAAUCAAAAUAGCACCGCCACGUUCGGCGGUGGCAGCGCCAACAAGUAUGGUCCCAACCGGCCAUCGCGCAUCAUCACUCUGAGUACUCGUAAUGCUCGCGCGAAUACCCUGGCCAUGGCCAAAAAUGCAACUCCCGUGAGCACUCCAGCCCCUGCGUCCACUCCGAGUGUCCCCAGCAGUACUCGUGAAACGCGGAACAGUCGAUCGCGGGCCGCUGCUCCAGCCGUUCCUGCAAGUUCUACCCAGUUAGAUGCUACACCAUCCGCCCUCUCCACGGUCCCUGAGACGCCCCGAGCUAAACGCGUCAAGCGAGGCUCGGUGGCCGAAGAAACUCCCCGGACCACAAGGCAAUCUGCCAGGCUACGAGCGCAUUUCCUCCCCGGUGAAAAUGGAUUUACUGAUACACCGCCGGGUCCCAAACAGUUAGAGGAUAGUCCUUCGACAGCGAUUGCUCCCAACACCAGGACUAGAAACCGCAGCCGACAAUUUGCAGAUGGCAUCAAUGACACCCCUCGUAGCGUUCCCACUACGUUAGCCGCUUCUCUGGUGAAGUCUCCACCCCCUGGGGACAUUGCCCCAGAAACGGUUGAUGUUUCCAAGCAUCCGGAAUCAGAGCCUCGAGAUCUGCUGGACUCUACACUGGAAUCGCCAAAGGGUACCGUCUCAAAUAACUAUCACAAUUACAACCAUGAAUCCCCAGAUCCCCAAAUCGAGGAGGAGCUCAAAACGAUGCCAACAGCGUCUAGCCCCACUUUAUCACGAAAGCGCAAGUCCUUAGAGUCUGAAGAACGCAUUGCCGCCAUUGCCACCCGUGCGUCUAUUUCACCAAACAAAAAGCCAAAGAUGGAGGAUGUCGAGGUACAUAGGGCAUCAGAACCUCUUCUGCCAAAUGGUAAUGGGAGUCGGCUGGAAGACGUCCUUUCACCACCAGGAAAUGCUACAGACCCUAAAGUAGAUGAAGGAUCUCGACAGAUCACCGAGGAAAUUGAAGAGUCCACUCCGGACAAUGCGGCCGAAUUGACCACUGGCAAAGCAGUUCGUGGUGGCCGCAAUCGUGGCCGUGGCCGAGGUGCACGUAACCGGACGUCCGCACGCUUUGGACCGAAUAGACGAGGGCGUGGUGGUGCUCGCACCGCGCGUUCAGGGCGUACCGGUCGGCAACACGAUCGUUCUAGUGACGUCGAGCUUGAACGUUCACCCUCCCCCAGUGCAGCAACUCAAAAACUCAGGGACCGCCAGCGUGAAUUGGACAAGGCUUUCAGAAAGGUGGCUGCGGCGCAGCGACUGGCAUUGGCGGUCCUCGCUACACAAUCCGAGAGGCGACUAGCCCGCGACAAAAACGCUCACAAAGUCGUUCCCGAGUAUGAUGAAAUCAACUUGGUUUUGAAAUCAUAUUUGCAGGAGAAACAGGAAAUUAUCCGACGAGAGUACGAGCUGAAGGUGGAACAAGAGAAUAGGGUUUUCAAUGCUGGCAAGGAGGCCAUUGAAGAGCGAUUCCGAGCGUCAGCUCGUUAUAUCCAGGAGGAGCAUCUGCUUGCAAGUCAUGGAGAGUACAUGACAUUUAUUGAAGGCCGUCGCGCAGCGGAAGAUGACGAGCAUACUGAGACGGAUGGCUCUGAAUCAGAGAAUGAACGCGGACGCAUCGCUCCCCCGACAAGACAAAUUUACCGGGGCUUCAACUCUUCCUACGUGCGCAAUCCUGCCGGAGCGGCGGCUUAUGAACGAGCUGCGUUUGGCUGGGAUGACUUUGUUCAACGCGCCAAGCUAGGCGAUGACAUUGAUCCUCAGAUGAAGGAGAUGAGAGAAGCUGGCCCCUUUGCUGGUCUUCCAGCCGAUGAAAUUAUUCAGAUCCUAUUAGACGCCACUGGAAUCGUCGAAGUGCACCAGGAAGCUCCUGUCAACAAAGAGAUUAACCCUCCAGUCUUUGUCGAUGUACGUCCGACAGCACUAACAGCCUUGGCUGAUGCUGCUGCUGCUGCUGAAAUACCCCGGCUUCCCCUUUCACAAGCUACCCCGCGACUCUCAACCCAUCGAGCGCUCCUCCCUCAACCGUCGCAGCCACAAAUACCUCACGCGCAUCCGGAUCCCCGGCCGUUUGUGCUACCUCCGCCUACUCCCCGGGGCCAACCACGGCGGCUCCUCCCAGCAGGACAGCAAAUUCUGCCGAUCAAUGAACAGCUUGGCCUCCCUGACCCAUUUGCGUCCCGCAGCGGGCCUCCGCAGCUCCCUCCUCCACCGGGAUCCAACUUCCACCGGCCUCCUCUGCCUGGGUACUUGACUGGACAUCAUCCUCCCAGUCUGUUCUAUCCACCGCCGCCGCAUCCGCGUCCACCAUAUUAG